UAUAAUUAGUUACUAUUCUUACAACUUCAAUAUUUCAUGAAAUAUAAUUAUGUAUAAUGUAAAUUUUAACUUAUCAAAAAACAAAAUACUCUUAAUAGGUGAAUCUAUACAAAAUGUAGCUGGUUGUUUGUUUUGCUUUGGACAGUGAUUUUAAAAAAAGAUGAAAUAUGAUUCAAUUCAAAUUUUUCGGAAUUAUAAUUUAAAGACGUUGAACAGAUAUGAUAUUCAUGAACAGAUAUGUUAUUAUGGAUAAACUUCUAGAACCUUUAUGAUCUAAAUGAAAAUUAAUUUUGCUUGAAACUGAAAACGUCUGGACAUAACUGAUCAAACCUUGUUUAUAUUUUCUUAGUCAAUUUAGAAUUAUAUAAACAAUUAUAGCUAUAUUAGCAUGAAUAUUGUUCUAUCAUUUAGAUAAAAUCUUUAAUGAGUUCUGAAAAUUUUAAUGAAAUACUUCAUUUACGUUCUGUAUGUUUUGCUAGGAUUUUUAUAUCUCUCAUAUAAACUGAUGUCUAUUAGAUGCCUAAAAAGUAUAUUUCAUAAAAAUGACAUCUUAUAUAUCGAUGAGAAUUAUUGCCAUAAGUUUGCGGUAUUAGGUUAAAUGGAAUAAAAAUUAAGCUGACGAGCUCGUCUUGAAACUCUUAGUAUGAAAGACAACUUGAUAUAGAAAUAAAAUCCAAACGGAUUCAAAUUAAUAAUGAAUAAAUCUCAGAAACUUAUUAUAGGACUUCUAAUAUUAUUAUUAGUUAAUGUUAUUUGGAUGUCUAGCUCCAAACUCACUCAGUACAUUUAUUCAGAAACAGCAUUUAAAAAGCCAUUCUUUAGUACAUACAUAAAUCUAUCAAUGUUAACACUUUAUCUACUGGGAUUAUGUUUUUGGCCUCCAUGGAGAGAUCAGUGCAACAGAUCUUCAACUUAUACAUUUGUAGAUCCCAAUGCAGAAGACGAAAAUUUUUAUUCCGAGGUCAAUAAUACCAGUUUAAGUGAUCCAACGUUUGUUCCAAUAAAAAAAUCAGCACAUUAUGAUCGUUCGUCUGGAACAGAAAGUGAUGAUUCUUCUAUUCGAGCUGUACGAUUUAGUAAAUUAGCCGAAGUCCGGCAUAUGUCUGAAGGUGAUGCUAUUGAAGCGUUAUUAGCAAGGCUCAGUUAUCCAGCCAGCAUUCGUGCUGGGGAACAUGCACGUCGUCAAGCUCACAAAUUUUCUAUUCCAAAAGUCGCUAAAAUUGCUUUGAUAUUUUGCCUUAUUUUAUUUAUGGCCAACUACACUUACCAAAUUUUAUUAGCCCAAAUGGAAACUGGAAAUAUGACUGUGGUGUCAGCGGCAUCCAGUUUAUUCACACUAUUUCUAGCUUCAUUUUUUCCAAGUAGCAGCAAUGACAAAUUUUCCAUAUCAAAAUUAUUGGCCGUAUUAAUUAACAUUUUCGGAAUGGUUUCAAUUAGCCGAUUCAAUAUAACUAUGGAUAUAAAUAGAGAUCCUAAGAUUAUAAUUUUAAGUUUGCUAAGCGCAUUUUUUCAAACAAUUUACGUGGUUUUUUUAAAAAAAAAAGUUGAUUACGAAGACCGAAUGGACAUACCUAUGUUUUUUGGAUUUGUAGGCCUUUUUAAUCUUACUUUGUUAUGGCCAAUUUUUUUCAUUCUUCAUUACGGUCAUUGGGAAGAAUUUGAAUGGCCAAAUAGUCGCCAAUGGACAUUUAUGGUUCUUAAUGGAUUUAUGAGUACAUUAUUAAGUGAAGUUCUAUGGUUAUGGAGCUGCUUUCUGACAUCUUCACUAAUAGGUAUAUUAUCAGGUAGCUUAUUGAUACCCAUGUCGAUGAUAGCUGAUGUACUUCUGAAAAGGGUUCAAUAUCCAUAUAUAUUUUAUUUAAGCAUGAUACCGAUGUUAUUAGGAUUCUUGACCAUAUUCUCGCUUUCUUGUUAUGAAAAUUGGGAUCCAAUAGUGGCUGUUUUGAAACCACUCCACUCUUGGGUGUUGAGAAAAAAUAAAAGUAUAAGAUUUCACGAUUUAGAAGCUGAACAAUCAGAAUCUCUUAUUGAUGGUGAAAACGGUGUUAAUCAUGAAGCUUAAUACAAUCGAAAAAUUGUGAUAAUUCAUUAAUAGGAAUUUGUUUAUAAUUAUCAUUAUUUACUUGUUAUGAUAUACUCAUCAUUAUCUUUCAAUUUUAGAUUUUCUUUUCAUCGAAAAUUAAGUUAAAACACGUUCUGAUUGAUUAAAAUCACUAUUUAUAUUGUUUCUACAAAAAAGCUGUUCGACUGUAAUAUUUAAUCAAAGUAAACAAAAAUUUUUAAUUUUGUACAGUUUUGUAUAUAUUUAGUCAUAAGUUUAUCGUAUCACGUUAUAUUGAGAUAUUAUAACAUACAUUUUAAUGUAAAUUCUUUUAUCGUAAUUGUAUCUUUCUUUAGGUUGAAGGAAAAUGCUAUUAUAGAUUUGUCUUAUUAUUAAAAUGUAAAAUUAAUAAAAAUAUUUCCAAUUGAUGACGCU